GGGGUAUUUAUUAUUCAGUUCCGAUUGGCUGCGUGGCGGCCAGUCAGCACCUGGGCCCGGGCGGGCAGCCACGCAUCGGCAGAGGUCCGCGGGCGGCCGCAGGCAGUGGAUGGGUCCUUUGCUCUGUGCGGGAGACUGAGGCGCGGCCGAGGCAGAGCCCAGCCUGGGGCCUGGUCGGGAAGGUUCCUGGGGCGAUCACAAAUCCCUGCUGGGUGUUUGUUUGUUUGUUUUUUCCUUUUCUUUCCUUGAGUCCCUCUGACCUAUAGCUGGGUCCACCUGGUGGCAGAUCCCCGUUGCCGUAUGAGGAGGAAACUAAGGCCGGGAGGGGAGGUCAAAUGUGAGCUUGGAAACUCCGGAGGUUAGAGCAAGCCUCGGAGCAGGUGCCGGUACUGGGCAGGGGAGACUGAAGCGUAGGGGGAAGCAGAGGGCGGCCCAAGGUCACUCAGGUGGGGUCAGAGCUGCCCCCUGUGCUCCAUCCUUCCAGCUCGGGGCCUGUCCAAAGUCCCCUCCCCCUGUGUGGUGGCCCAGGGGCGCCUGCCCACCUGUCUUUAAGCAGGGCCAGAGGUUGGCAGUAGAGGCUCAACCGCAGGCACCUGCCUGCAAAUGGAGUGUCACCGAGGCUUAUUAAACCCUGUGUCCGAAGAUGACAUUGAGGCUCAGAGAGGGCCAGCAUGGCUCCCAAGGUCACACAGCACGAGCCACAGCCCUCUCGCCUCCCUGCCUCACCGGGCAGGCCCUUGCUGGCGCACGUGCAUACGAGGCCCCUCUCCAAUCCUGCCGAGCCACAAACUCGUCUCACCUUGGUCCUCAGAGGCAGGCAGGGCUCUGGGUUUUAUGACCAGAGGAGACCGAGGUCACCUCCCCAGAGCCAGCCCACUGCAGCCCAGAUGCUCCAAGGAGGGCUCCUCAAGGGUUGGAAUGCUGGCACGCUUGCUCUGCGACCUUGGAUGAGCCCCGUGACCCCUGCAGCCGGGGCGCGCUGUGUUCCUGGGGCUGCGGAGGGUCCCCCAGCUGCUGCCUGCAAAGCCACCCGUGGUGUCUUUUCUUUUCUCCUCCGUGGCGGAAACUCCCAGGUCAGCUCAGGGCAUGGCAGAGACCUGAGUGUGGGGCGUGGGUCAGAGCUGCGUGAGACACCUGCACCCCCACCUGUCACCUGCCAGACCAUAAACCGCCCUGCAGUAGCCCUGGGCAACAAGGACAAGAGGAACGAGCUUGGGUGGGGGUGAGCCUUGGGUGGGGGUGAGCAUGGUCCAGUCCUAGCCCAGCCCUUGGGUCCACCCCAGCAGUCACUCCCCCUCUGCCAGCCUCAGUCUUCCCAUCCAGACAGUGGGGAGAUGGUCAUCAGCCCUAGAGUGUUGUCUCGAGGGUUCGCUCAGUGGGUCAUUGGGAAUGCUUGUUGAGCGACUACUGUGCACUGUGUCAGGCCCUUGGGGAGCUGUCUUGAGAGCUGGAGGGGCAGAGGCCCCUCCCUGAGCCGCCCAUGUCAGCUGGACUCCAGCCCUGCCCCAGGCUCCUGUGUGAGAGCUCCCUUGCAAGGCAGCUCUGAGGGUAUGAGGAUAAGCCGUCCUUCCUCUCAGCCCCCAGGGUAGGGGGAUUUCAUCUCCUGCUGGUAUCCGGGGGCCAGGAAAGGGGAUGGAAGGAGCCGUGGGAGGACUAGUUAGGCAGGCCAGAGCCAGACAGACGGCCCGUGCUCAAAUUCCAGUUCUGCUGCGCGACCCUGGCCAAGCUGCUCCCCCUCUCUGAUCCCGUUCCCCGUUUGCAAAAUGGGGCACAGACACAGAUCCUGCCUUCCAGCGCUGUGGGUACCGUCAGGUACCAUGGGUCUCUGGGGCGAUUAUCAAGGCCCAGCCUCCCCCAGCUGCUCCGAGGAGCGGCUCUGGCCCUUGGGCCCCGAGCGCCGAGUCCAGAGCCCCAAAGCGCAGAAGGCGCCCCUCAGAGAAUCCGGCGCUCGGGAGGAGCGUGGCCAAAGGACCAGCCCCUCCAUCUGUCCCCCCAGCAGGCUGUGGACGGCCACUCGGUGGAAGUGUCGCCACCCACGCCUUUCUGGUUUGACUGGAAAACAAGGCCCGUCCCACCUAUCAGGAUGCCUGAGAGAAGGAUCUGGCCGGAUUCUGCAGGCCGCCGGGCUCCCAGGCUGAGCCUUCCACCUGCUCAGGCGAGGGUGGGGGUGGGGCAGGUAUCUCCAGGUGACAAGCAGGCCUCCCUCAGGGGAGGGAGAGAGAGGUCACCCCGGCCUCUCACAGGCAUCUCAGCUAAGCAGGUGCAGCCUGGGCUGAUGGCAGGGUGGACAAAGAUGGGCUUCCGAGAGUCUGGCCUUGCUUGCCCCCAGUGACGGGAAGCUCAGCCCCUCCACUGUCGUCAUGAAGCUUCCUCUUGGAACCUGGGCUCAGGCUGUAGUCUGGGCUUCCCGGCCCAUGACAUCUCAGAGUGUGGGAACAGGGUGGGCCUCAGUUCCACCCAUGAGUUGGGCGUCAGAUGGGAUCCCCCUGGCCUCCUCAUCGCUGCCCCCAUCCCCGCUGUCACACUUCCCACUGGGCCCCCACGGCCUUCCUGCCUCUGGCCCUUUAAGGCCCGGGCAGGAAGCCCCUCCCCAUUUAGGGCAAUAAAUGGACACGUAAAAUGGCCGAGGGCCUGUUUGCUCCAUGUCUGGCCCAGAGGGAGGCCUGCGGGCAAGGGCAGGCGGGCAGGGGGUGGGCUGGCAGCUGGCAGCCACCCCAGGCCGUUGGUGCCCCCCGAUCGGGACACUGCAUUCCUGUCCCAUUAAACCCAGGCCGAGGACUGGGCCAGGCGGGGCUUGGCACCAGGUCAGGGCGGGGUUACCCGUCGGGACCAACCUUGCAACACAGGCCGCUGGGCGGGGAGGGGGCGGGGGCUGCCGGGUGCGGGCCUGGCAGCCGCACCUGCACACCAGGCUUACAGUGUGACCUUGGGCCGGCCGCCCACCCUCUCUGGGCCUGAUCUCCCCUUCCAGCUUCCUCCUCAGACCCCACCACUCACUCCCUUGGUAGGUGAGGAGGGGACUGAAUUCCCGGAAUAGCAUUCAGGAGCAAAGUUCCCAUCCGUGAGGGGUGGUGAACAGCCUGGCAAUGUGUUUUGGGGACUGGCUCUGGCGCACAUUAGGUCCCUGGGCUAAGUUUGCUGAAUGGAUGUGAGCGGGACCCUGACCACAGUGGGGGGCCCCUUUCCACUGUCACGACCCCCAUCCCCCAGGAGACAGAGGCUCAGAGAGGUCUCGCAUCUUGCCCAAGGUCACACAGCUUGGAGGUGGGGAAGCCGAGGCUUGAACCCGAGCUGCUCUGCACAGCACAUGAGGGGUGAGAGGUCCCUUUGGCCUCCUUCCCUGCUCUCCCUGGGCAGAGGGUUGGGUGGGGGCCCUGAUCCCCUCAUUAGACGGCCCCCUGCUCCAGGAAGUGGCCUUCGGGAAGGUGGCGGGUGGCAGUUACCUGCCCAGCCCUCACCUUGUCGUGUGACCUUGGGGAGGCCCCUGGCUCCCACACCCUGCACUAGCGAUGCAGCCUCCUCUCUGCCAGUCCCCCUUCCCCGGUCGCCCACCUCCAGGCCUCAGUUCCUGAUGCUCCCCGUGUUGGGGUGCCCUUCUUGGGAUGCCGGGGUCCUUCCUAGGCGACAUCUGCUGCUCCCUGAGCCACGUCAGGGUGCUUCCGAGCUCACGACACAUCCCCCGCAGCUGGGAAGUGGCAGCUGCCCAGAUCAGAGGGCUGCUGUGUGACCUCGACUGGGCCGCCUCACCUCUCUGAGCCUCUCAGGGACCUGGGGAAGACGAAGUGAAGGUGCCCAGUUAGUUUGGGAGCACAGAGGGGGCCGAAAUGCUGCCCGGGUGCCGUGGCUCUCGACAAACACUACAGCAAGUGACCCUUAGGUUAGAUGGGAGGUGGGACCGGCAGGCUGCACAGCCCCCUGCUUCUGGGUAUGCCUGGCAGCCAGCUGGGUGGGCCGGGGCGUGGGCUGUCUCUGGUUUAUCCGGCGGUUUGCUGCGCCCCUACUGUGCGCCACCCUGGGAGGGUUGGGCUUAGGGGCCUGGGAGUGGCCUGGGGGGAGGAGGGCGCCCCACCUCCAGCCCAGGAGGGGCCUGCCAGGGCCUGCCCCUCGGCCGCCGAGUCAGCACCAAGCAGCCCCGGAAAUCCCACGGAGGCCAGCGCGGGGGAGGAGCUGUGAUGAAAGAUGGGGCCCCGGGUGGGUGUGGGCCGAGCCCAGGGGACCCUGGCCGGCAGGGGUGGGGACCUGGCUGGCGUGGGGCCGGGGCUUCCUGGAGGAGGGGAACAAAACCGCCACCUCCGGAGGCGUGUACCGUGUGUCGGGCGCACAGUGGGGCUUCAGCACUCGGGGACUUUUUAUUGCCAAGACUUUGUGGCCCCCCCGGGGGUGCUCUGGCUGGGCCCGGCCUCCCCUCUCCCACCUCGGAGGCAGGGUCUUCGGCCCUUUCCUCAGGGGAGGCCUCCAGGAGGCCUAGGUGGGGGCAUUGGCGCAGGGCGUGGCCGGCAGGUGGCUUGUGUUCCUGGAGUGAGGGCGUGGGUCAGUUGUCUCAGAGCGAGUUUAGUUUCCAGGGCGAGGUCAGGGCCUUUCCCUGGGUGGGUGGGGGGACCGGCCCCUCCAUCAUUUCCUGGCCCCCAGCCGCUGGGAGUCAGCCCUGCCGGGCAUCCUUAGGCCAGGACUGCAGCCCUCUCUGGGCCCCGGCAUUCUCUUCUGUAAAACGCGGCCACAGUCCUCUCACGGGGGCUUUCCUUGGCUGACAUCACCCCGGGCCUCGCUGCUUUGAGGGAGGGCCUCAGUGAUAUUUAGGGGGGAAUAGGGGCCCAAGAGAGGGUCCCAGGCUGGAGAGGGCAGAGACUGGGACCCCCGGACCCAACCUGGAACUGGGAUCUUCACACUGGCGGGGACCUGCAGGAGGUUGCUGAGCCACCUGGAUUAUUUUGGGCCCAUCCUCCAGGCCCCAGGAAAGACACCUCCGAGCCACUCCAGAGCGGGGACCCUGGUCACCCGAGGGGAGGAGCGGCCCAGCAGGCCAGGGAUGGCCAUCUUGGGGCGUUGGUGGCCUGGGUCAGAGGUCUCCCCCCAUGCUGGGGUGGGUAGGAGGGCCCGGGCCCGUCUGAUCCAGAGCUCCAUCUGCUCACACGCUCCCCGCGGCCCAGGGCCAGACGGCAGAUGGUGGCAGGGGGUGGACACCACAAAAGGGGACUCCUCGGAGGCUACCCAGGGCCGAGCCUUGGGUGGGGUCGCUCCCCUCCUACCCUCCCUGCUCCCAGCAGCCACAUCUGAGCCCACCGCCCCACCACAGGCCUUAGAGUGGACGGGGCUGCUGAGCAGCUGGGCCCUGGGCCGAGGCUGGAAGGAGGGAAGGAAGGCGGGUGGAGGGGCCUGGGGAGCGUGGUGGCACUGAGCAAGCUCACAAAGGCCUCUGUGUCGCCUGGCAGCUCAGGCCCCGCGCUGAGGGCCCUGGGCUUUGGGUCCGGCUGGACCGACACCAUGCCUCCCUUGUGGGGCCUGGCUCAAGCCCGUCGGCGUCAGAGCCUGCCUGAGCUGCCGGGCUGGGGGACAGGAGGGUCUGGUGGCCCGGAGGAGGCCUUCGGAGGAGGCCAUGGAAGGCCCGGCUCAGGCCCUCUCCCCAGGGGCCUUGCCCAGGGGCUCUGGCCCGAGAGCCACCGGCCGGCCUGGAGGAAUGUGAGCUGUGCUGGGUGACUCGGGGCAGCCAGGGGCUCCCAGGAGAGGGCGGAGGGGUGGGGACAGGGGCCAGAGGGUUGCACAAGCUCCGAGUGGGUGGAUGAGUCACAGCCGAGGGGAAGGCGGAAAAAAGGGAGGGGGAGAAGGGGGUGGGACAGACACAGUCCCCCCAGGGCCCGGCGCUGCCCGAAACCUCUGCCCAUUUGACAGAUAGGGAGACUGAGGCCCAGAGAGGGCCAAGGCCUUGGCUGGGGCUGAACAGCUCAGCUGGGGUGGCUGAGAGUUGGGGAGGGGCUGCCAGGCAGUCCUGUGGGCAGGCAGGAGGUGGACAGGGGUUCCCCCGGCUCCCUGCUCCUCCCGGGCUGUAGCCCGGUCUCUGUUACUCACAGCCAGGGCUGAGCCCUAUGCUGGGGGCUCUGAGGGGCAGGAAGGGGUUUAGCCUGCGGAGUCACUGGCCCUGCCCGGACGGGGCACACCCACGGUGGCCUUGACCUCAGCUGGGUUUCGGCACUGGGUCCCCGUGCCUGGGCUGCCACACCCCUUCCUGCUGACUCAGAGCCCCCUGAAAAGAACCAGGCUCGACCAGGAGGCAGGAGUCAGGGUCGGGGAGGCCAAGGGGUCGGCUCUUAGGUCCACUCUGGUUUGAGUUUGGACGCAACUGUGUCCUCAUGGUGGGGCCUCGGGCAGGUGGCCUCAGCUCACGACGGAGUGGGUGCUGCCGGUGGGGUUCGGGUGGAACUGGCGGGAAGUAGGUGUUAUGUGUUGUUGUUGUUGUUGUUGUUUUUUUUUUUUGGAGACGAGUCUCGCUCUGUCACCAGACUGGAGUGCUGUGGCGUGAUCUAGGUGGCUCACUGCAGCCUCCACCUCCUGGUUCAAGUGAUUCUCCUGCCUCAGCCUCCCGAGUAGCUGGGACUAUAGGCCCGCGCCACCAGGCCCAGCUAAUUUUUUGUUAGAAAUGGGGUUUCACCAUGUUGCCCAGGAUGGUCUCUAUCUCUUGACCUCAUGAUCCACCCACCUUGGCCUCUCAAAGUGCUGGGAUUACCGGCGUGAGCCACCGCGUCUGGCCAUAGUAGGUGUUUUGUAAAGGUCACUGCGUGGCCUCCCCUCUGUAUCGGCCGAAGCCCGUGCUCAGACCAACAGGAAAAUGGCUCAGAUCAGGGCACUUCUCUCGAGCUACUGCGUCCUCCCGUAGCGCCUCAGAGUGCCCUUUCCUUAUUUAUUUAUUUUUCCAACACGGAGUUUCGCUCUUGUUGCCCAGGCUGGAGUACAAUGGCGCAAUCUCACCGCAACCUCCGCCUCCCGGGUUCAAGCGAUUCUCCUGCCUCAGCCUCCCGAGUAGCUGGGAUUACAGGCAUGUGCCACCACACCUGGCUAAUUUUGUAUUUUUAGUAGAGACGAGAUUUCACCAUGUUGGUCAGGCUGGUCUUGAACUCCAGACCUUAGGUGAUCCGCCUGCCUUGGCUUCCCAAAGUGCUGGGAUUACAGAUGUGAGCCACAGUGCCCAGCCCUUUUUUUUUUCUUUUUCUUUUUCUUUUUUUUUUUUUUCAGACCGAGUCUCGCUGUGUUGCCCAGGCUGGAGUACAGUGGCUCCAUCCAGGUUCACCACAACCUUCGCCUCCCGGGUUCAAGCGAUUCUUCUGCCUCAGCGUCCUGAGUAGCUGGGAUUACAGGUCUCGGCGCGGAAGAUGGCCGGCGGCGUGGACGGCCCCAUCGGGAUCCCGUUCCCCGACCACAGCAGCGACAUCCUGAGUGGGCUGAACGAGCAGCGGACGCAGGGCCUGCUGUGCGACGUGGUGAUCCUGGUGGAGGGCCGCGAGUUCCCCACGCACCGCUCGGUGCUGGCCGCCUGCAGCCAGUACUUCAAGAAGCUGUUCACGUCGGGCGCCGUGGUGGACCAGCAGAACGUGUACGAGAUCGACUUCGUCAGCGCCGAGGCGCUCACCGCGCUCAUGGACUUCGCCUACACGGCCACGCUCACCGUCAGCACAGCCAACGUGGGUGACAUCCUCAGCGCCGCCCGCCUGCUGGAGAUCCCCGCCGUGAGCCACGUGUGCGCCGACCUCCUGGACCGGCAGAUCCUGGCGGCCGACGCGGGCGCCGACGCCGGGCAGCUGGACCUUGUAGAUCAAAUUGAUCAGCGCAACCUCCUCCGCGCCAAGGAGUACCUCGAGUUCUUCCAGAGCAACCCCAUGAACAGCCUGCCCCCCGCGGCCGCCGCCGCCGCUGCCAGCUUCCCGUGGUCCGCCUUUGGGGCGUCCGAUGAUGACCUGGAUGCCACCAAGGAGGCCGUGGCCGCCGCUGUGGCCGCCGUGGCCGCGGGCGACUGCAACGGCUUAGACUUCUAUGGGCCGGGCCCCCCGGCCGAGCGGCCCCCGACGGGGGACGGGGACGAGGGCGACAGCAACCCGGGUCUGUGGCCAGAGCGGGCUGAGGACGCCCCCACCGGGGGUCUCUUUCCGCCGCCGGUGGCCCCGCCGGCCGCCACGCAGAACGGCCACUACGGCCGGGGCGGAGAGGAGGAGGCCGCCUCGCUGUCGGAGGCGGCCCCCGAGCCGGGCGACUCUCCGGGCUUCCUGUCGGGAGCGGCCGAGGGCGAGGACGGGGACGGGCCCGACGUGGACGGGCUGGCGGCCAGCACGCUGCUGCAGCAGAUGAUGUCAUCGGUGGGCCGGGCGGGGGCCGCGGCGGGGGACAGCGACGAGGAGUCGCGGGCCGACGACAAGGGCGUCAUGGACUACUACCUGAAGUACUUCAGCGGCGCCCACGACGGCGACGUCUACCCGGCCUGGUCGCAGAAGGUGGAGAAGAAGAUCCGAGCCAAGGCCUUCCAGAAGUGCCCCAUCUGCGAGAAGGUCAUCCAGGGUGCCGGCAAGCUGCCGCGACACAUCCGCACCCACACGGGCGAGAAGCCCUACGAGUGCAACAUCUGCAAGGUCCGCUUCACCAGGCAGGACAAGCUGAAGGUGCACAUGCGGAAGCACACGGGCGAGAAGCCGUACCUGUGCCAGCAGUGCGGCGCCGCCUUUGCCCACAACUACGACCUGAAGAACCACAUGCGCGUGCACACGGGCCUGCGCCCCUACCAGUGCGACAGCUGCUGCAAGACCUUCGUCCGCUCCGACCACCUGCACAGACACCUCAAGAAAGACGGCUGCAACGGCGUCCCCUCGCGCCGCGGCCGCAAGCCCCGCGUCCGGGGCGGGGCGCCCGACCCCAGCCCGGGGGCCACCGCGACCCCCGGCGCCCCCGCCCAGCCCAGCUCCCCCGACGCCCGGCGCAACGGCCAGGAGAAGCACUUUAAGGACGAGGACGAGGACGAGGACGUGGCCAGCCCCGACGGCUUGGGCCGGUUGAAUGUAGCGGGCGCCGGUGGAGGAGGUGACAGCGGAGGUGGCCCCGGGGCCGCCACCGACGGUAACUUCACAGCCGGACUCGCCUAAAAACCAAAAAGAGAAAACAGAAACCCGAGAAAGAGAGAGACAGAGAGAGAGAAAAAAAAUCACCCACCACCCCCCCAAAAACACAAAAAAAGAAAAUCUAUCUAUAUACAGAUAUCUAUAUCUAUAUAUAUAUAUACAGAUAUAUAUAUAUGACGCGUCACAGAAUCUAGGGUAGCGCUUUCUCAGAUUUCCCUCCUUUCUGACGUUUUUCUCCCUCCGCAGGGGCCCCGGCCCUCCCUGGCUCCCCUUCCCCCCACCACCCCAUCGCUGGGUUUCGGGGCUUGGUUUGGGGUUUUUUGUAGGACACAAGGAAUCCGAGACCCCGCACAGCCCCCUGGGCACCCGGCAUGGGGCCUGGGGCCCGAUCCGAGGCCCUGGGCUGGGGGGAGGGUAGACGUGGGGGCGCUGGGGGGGGACUGGAGUGGGCUUUUAAUUUCCUCCCCUCGCUGGUUUCUAUGAGUCUUUCAGACAAGACCUUAAAUGAUUUCUGUCUGCUCUGAGCGGACGUUAAAAUGGGCCCCCGUCCCCCGACCCGCACCCUCCUUCCUCAGGGCACUUACUAAGGGAGGGGUCUCCCUCUCCAUCUCCCCAAUGGCCUCCCCACCUCCAACCCUGCCUGCGGCCUCCCCCUGUCGCCCACCCCACAUCUCCUGGCCACUGAGACACAAACCUAUUUAUUUCUAGGCCUGGAGAAAGGAGAUCGGACUGGGGUUCCCGGUGGGGCGCCAGGAUGGCUCCUGGGGAUGCUCCUGCCGCCUUCCUUCACGGCACUUACAACCGGCGGGACCCCCAGGGACCACCCCUCAGGGCGCCCCCCCACCCCCGCCCGGUCCACCUAGACCCCCACGUUUGGAGAUUCAAAACUUCUGUCUUCGUCCUCUCCCCCGAGCCCCCUCUCCCAAAUUUUUAAAGCACUUUUUAGAUUUUUUUUUCUCUUUCCUCCUUAAAGACAAAAUUUAUAUAUAGAUAUAUAUAGAUAUAUAUAAAUAAUAUACUUUUCCUCAGAGGAGCAGGCAACAGUGUGGGAUAAACAGAGUCAUGAUCAGAGGAACCCCAGGGUCUGGUGAUGGCAGGGAUGGGGGGAGAGAGAGAAAAUCCACAAAUUCCAAUGUCACAAAAGCAAUAAAACAAACUAGAAAAAAAAAAGGUUUUACAAAAUGAAAGAAAGGAAAAAAAAAAAAAAAAAAAAGGCAACCAACCACAUUAGAAGUCUUGGCACUUUGUAACGGAACGGGUACUACACUUUAUCUUAAUUCUUAAUUUAAAAACAUGUUUACAAGUUACAACCAACUUCUAUGAAAAGUUGAAAAGACAAAAAAAAAAAAAGCGAGCGAGAGAGAGAGCGAGAGAGAGAGCGAGAGCAGAAGAAAUUCCUAAAAGUCGAUUUAUUUUUGUACAAAAUAAUAAAAAAAAAAACCCACCACAAACGUAGAAUCCACUUCUGUUCCCCAAAAAGCGAGAAGGGGGGUUCAGGAGGAAGCCAUCGCAGGGGACCUGGGAGAUGCCCCGAGGUGUUUGUGCUUCACCCCCGGACGUCAGCCUCGAAGGCAGGACUGUGGGGUGUUCGUGCUGUGUUCCCCCCGCUCCCCCUUUCUGUCCCCUUUUUUGGUUCUGACGUGAAGAGGUCUUAGCGCCCGCUUCUGUCCCCGGGGUCUCUCCUUCCUCCUCCCUAGCUCAGGGAUGGGCCUUCCAGCCGGAGCACCCCGAUCCCCAUCCGGCACCCCCUAAUCCCCCAACACGCCUGUCCUCCCGCAUGGCCACCAAGGAGCUGGACCUUGGAUGCGCCUGCCCUGUUGAGGUGGGUGACAGGGGCCCCCCACCUCCAGGGCCUUAGAACCACCGCCCCCCUCCCCACCCCAGGCACCCCUCUUUUUACUCAAAGGCACUGACUGUAAUCCAGGGGGACUGGGACCUGCCUCCCCCCAACCUCUGGCUCCCACAAGGCCCGGUGUUGACCGAGCCACAGGCCACGGACAGGAGCUGGGGUUGGGGAGACUAUGUCGCCAGAUGCCAGGACGCCCUCACCCCUUUUGCAUAUGCAAUGCCUAGCAUGGGACCCCGAAAAUAGACGCUCUGCUGCACUGAGACUUCUUGUCAAUGCCCAACCGGGGGGGGGGUUUCUCCCUGCCCCCGACCCCCCCAUACCCCCUUCUCUGUGACACACACAUCUUCUCGUCUCUUUUUCUUUCAUUGUUAAAGGGAAGCUUUUUAAGAAGGCAAUUUUCAUAUUGUUUCUACAGGAUGGUUUUGGUUCCCUUCCCUUCCCACCCCCCCUUAAGCCUGUCAGCCCCCUCCAAAUGUCUCAGGAUCCCCCCUCUCCCCUGGGGCUGGGUGACAGCACCCCGGCUGCGUUCACACCCCAGUGUCACAGGGCGAGCUGUUCUGGAGAGAAAACCAUCUGUCGUGGCUGAGCGGGGAGCUUGAACACCCAGGCCAGGGACACCCCUCCCCAGCUCCCAGAGAGGCCCCCUGAGGGGUGAGCCCUCUUUCCACCUUCCCCUAUCCAUGCACCCCCUCGCAAUAAAACCAACUCUAAAAUCACAGCUGUCGUCCUAGCCAGUGGGGGCGACCGGACUUGGGGGGUGGAGCCCUCUGGGACUUCCGUAGGAACAAGGGCUGCGGCCCACCGCGACACUUACACAGACCUCGGGGAUUGCACUAAACCCUCGUUCCUAGCUCCGCACUCAGCUUCGCCUGUCCUGCCCGCCCACUUUGCCUUAACUACCCGCCCGUCCUGGGGGCCACAGCCUCUGCAUGGGCCCAGAGCCGGGACCCCCCCAGCCCAGCCCCGCCCUCCCCAGACUCCGCGCAAUCACAUACUGUAUAUAGACGUGAAUCGAUUUUAUUUUUAUUCUUUAAAUUAAGGUCGUGAUAAAGUGUUGCCAAAGAUACCUGCUGAAUUCUCGCGUUUCAGGAAACAAACAAACAAAAAAAAAUGAUAUUUGAGGAGGGUCGUGUUGACUCCAUAUGAAAGGACACAGCUCAAAGCUUUUUUGUUUGGUUGUUUGGGGUUUUUUGUGUUUUCUUUUUUUGGGGUGUUUUUUUUUUUUAACUGCCUGGUACAAAAAAAAAAGAAAAAAAAAAGAAAAACAAUGCGAAAUUGUUAUUUCCAUUCUCAUGGUGAAGUUGCGUGGACGCGUGUGUGCGUGUGUGCAAGAGAGCGGGAGUGAGGUCCAGGCUGGGGUUGGGGGGCUUCAGGCGGGGGCGCCCGGGGGCCAGGGAGGUGGCCGGGCCGGAGCCCCCGUCUGCAGUGGCCCCCAGCCUGCCGGGCCCAGGAGAGAGAGAGAAGCAUCUUUGCUACUAGCUGUUGCUGCUACCUGCCUCUGCCCCCCGACGCCCCCCGCCUUUCGAGAUUAAGGAAAAAAAAAAAAAAAGUCAAAAAAGUUUUUAAAAAUGAAAAAAAAAAAUUAUAAACCAGUGAAUGUAAAAUGCCGGAGCAGGCCCGGCCUGGCAUGGGUGUGGGCCUGCAGCCAGCCAGGCUCGAGCGGGCGAUACCAAAGUCUGCCCCCCCACCAUUGUGGCCAUGCAGUCCUGUCACUGUCUUUUUGCUUCCUUCCGAGGGGGGGUCCCCCAGCCUCUUCCAGGGUCUUCCCCUGGAAGUGGGCGGCUGCAGGGAAGGUGGGGGACGGGGGUCUUUGCACGAUUCAGACCCCGGGGCCGUGGCAGGAGCGGUCACCUCACAGGCGGUGACACUGAGGCAGGGGCCUCAGGGUGCCCCCUCCCGCCCGGCAACCAGAAUGGUUGGAGGCAAGACAGAGAGAAUGAAAGGAAAAACAGAAGAAAAAAAAAUAUUAAAAACCAACAAAAAAAAGCAAAAAUCCUAUUUUUUGAGAAAGAAAGAUAUUUAUAUUUGCAGUUUUAUUUUAAAAAGUUAUUUAAGUUGAAGCAGCCUUCCCGGAGGUGGGGGGGGGGUGGCUGGCGCAGGACGGGUCAGGGGCCUGGAGGCUGGGGGGGCCCCAGGAGCUACAACCUCAGAGUUAAGACUAGCUCGCAUUAAAUACAUAGAUUUACGGGGGUGGGGGGGGCCGGGGCCAGGGGGUGGAGGGGGCCAGGGAGACCCCCAUCCCUCGCCGGGGCUGCCUGGAGGCUGUGGACCAGGAUCCGAUGCCCAGGUCCCGCCCCCCACCCCACCCCAGGCCCAGAAUCGAGGUGCCUUGGACUUUGGAGGGGCCAGGCCUGGUGAAUGGGGGGCGGGGCGGCGCCCUCAGGGUACAGAGCACAGAUAGACAUUCCAGAGACUGUAUUGAGAGUCUUUAUAAAGUGUGGGAGAUUUAAAAAAAAAAAAAAAACUGAUAAAAAUGCACUUUUUGGGAGUGGGGAGGGAGAAGCUUUAAAAGUAAUAAAAAACAAACAAAAACACAAAAGAUGAAAAAACAAAAAAAUUCAUUUUUCUUGUACAUAAAAAAAAAAAAGAACCACUAAACGCAGCCUGUUACGACC